GUUGAUACUACCCCUUCGCGAUUGCUGCGCGCGUGCGCGCUGCUUGGUUACUCUGCUCAGAAAAGCCCCUGAGCCUCCACUAAUACCAGUAAAAAAAUGAGGCAUACUCAGAGUAUUUCCCAUGUCCCUCCUGUGGUCACCACUGGGGUGAAGCCAGGGAACAUGAGACCGCAUCACAACAGCACAAAGGGCAUUGGAGCGCGUAGCAGGAUGCGAAUCCCUGAGAGAGAGCAUUCCAUAGCAGUGCUGAAAAGCAUGCAGCGACCUCCAUUCCAUCUACAUCGGGAAGAACAAGAGGCCUUCUUCAACCUACUGGAGGAUGACUUGGUACAAGAGUUCUUGUCUAUGGACAUAUGCUACAGGAUUUCAGAUAAGUAUCUUCUAGCCAUGACUCUGACUUACUUCAAACGUGCUGGCCUGCAUAUUAGUGAAUACACACGGAUGAACCUUUUCACUGCCCUGUACUUGGCUAAUGACAUGGAGGAAGAUGAAGAGGAUUACAAGUAUGAGAUCUUUCCCUGGGCCCUUGGUGACAACUGGCGGCAGAUGUUCCCACAGUUCUUAAAAAUGAGAGAUGGCUUCUGGGCUAAAAUGAACUACCGAGCAGUGGUCAGCCGGCGCUGUUGUGAUGAGAUAAUGUCAAAGGAGCCAUCCCAUUGGGCUUGGUCACGUGAACGACCCGUUCAUCACAGUGGAGCACUGAGAAGCUACCUGAAGAAUGAAAAGGACUCACUUCCCCGAGGACCUGGUGUUACUCCCCCAAGCUGCCCCCUCUGCACUUGUGAGCUGACUGAGGAAGGCAGCCCAGAAGAUGCUCCAAGUGCCGGUAUUACUUCUGAUGGUGACCUAUUGCCAUUCACUAACAAGUGGUCCCAGAACUUUAUUAUCCUCCCUCAUAAAAUAAUGAUGGAUCCAGUGGCAACAUAUAGCCUGCAGAUCCUUCAGGAGCCAGGAGUCACUAUGGAGCCUAAUGGAACUGGCCUGGAUUGGCGAUCUGUGGGGUGACUCUCUAUUCCAGGACCAAGACAUCUCCUCCCAAGGAACUGCAAGUGGCACUGGACUUGUUCUCAUUCUGCUGUUCACAGAACUAUGUUUUCCCCAUGCACUUUAUGAAUAUCUCCUGAUUGUGAACAGGAAGACAGGGCAGUACUUAUGUAUUUAAAAAAAUUACUUGCUGAUGCAGCUAUUCAAAUGUGCCUUAUUUAAUGUGCAAAUCCCAAUGUAAUAGCUGGACAGGCUCUAAUAAAAAUGUCCAGGAAAAAAAGUUUAGCUUCUGUUCAUAGAGAAUCCUGGUGAAUGUAACGAUUAUCACGGCAACAAAACUUGAUAUUGAGUGAGCAUAGCAGUGACCUAUGGUGUCAUGGUUGUUCUUGUUUAAGGCUUGGGAUGAACAGAGAUGUGGAGGAGGGAUUCCUGGCGAAGAAAAUCAGAAUUCAUACAUUGCUAGUAGGUCUGUUUGAGCAGAGCAUCUGAAUCUUUCAGGUCUCAAAGGAAACUCUCACAAUGGCAGUAAUAUCCACUUGCACCAAAAAGGCUUUGGUGGGGGUGGGGGAGAAGGGAAGAAUGUAAUCAAUACUGGGGCUUCUGUUUUAAGAGCAACUAGUACUAGCUGCUAACACAUGACAACACACUUUUCUAACCUAGAAUAAUUGCACAAUGUUAUGAGUGUUAGUCACAUUAUCUUGAUCUACUGGGGAUGACCACAAGGGUUAGCAAAUACAACAGAUGCCAUUUCUGUCAGUGCCAUGGUGACUUCACUGACCAAGCUGAAUGCUCUCUGCCACUGUUCAUCUGGCUCCAUAUCUGAUGCAAGUAAAAUAAU